AUGACUGACGACGAUAUUACGGAAGAACAUUCAUUUGGAUCUUGCUUGCAACCGUUAGCAUUAACUGCUGGGAAUACAAUAUUUUCAUCAAAAACAAUCAAACACAGAACACCUCCCUUUCCAGUCACAUCAAAUUACCAUCCAUCGCUGGACUCAUUAGCUCAAUCAUUCCUACACUUAGAUCCUAAAUUAAUUCAAACCGAAGAAUAUGAUCCAUCCAACAAAUCAUUAUCAUAUAAAACGUUUUAUGAGAAUUGGUUACGCUACUUUUAUCUCUUAGUUCAACAGAAUAAUUUACACAAUAGUAUAGAUUCGAUUGAAGAACUUCAAAAACAAAUUCAGAUUUAUAAUAAUAAAUACAAAGUGUUUGUGACAACAGGUAACUCAAACAACGAAACUGACUGCAAUAACAAUAAUAAUAAUUUAUCAAAUACACACUUUCGAGCAAAUACGAGGGAUGAUCUAUUAACAGAUCAAAUUGGUGGCAGUUUGACUUCACAGGAUCAAUAUAAGUGUGAACAAAUUUCCAACCAACAAAAAACUAUUUCAUCACACUUAAAGAACAACUUACUUAUUAACAAUCAAUCGGUAGCAUAUGAUUCAGAUAGUGAAUGUGAAUCCCUGCUAUCAAAUUUAAAUCAAGACUUAGUCGAUUCAAAGACUGCUUCAAAUGAUCAAACAGAUAAUUCGUCUUUACGCACUUCAUCAAAAUCACAAAGAUUGAAAACAAUGAUACAAGAGAAGGAAGAUAGAAUUUCACUUAAUGAUGAUUUGGCGGAAAUAUAUGAAUUUGCACACUUGUUUAAAUUGCGUAGACUCAGUUUGGGUUUGACACAGACACAAGUUGGAGCUUCUUUAAAUGCCAAAGAAGGACCUGCCUAUAGUCAAAGUGCAAUCUGUCGAUUCGAGAAACUUGAUGUAACUUUAAAAUCCGCAAAACGAAUGAAACCUGUCUUAGAACGUUGGUUAUCUGAAACCCAGGCAAUGCAUCACGAUGGAGCAAAUGAUGCCUUUGGAGCUCAACUUGUACACCGACCACCUAGGAAGCGUAAACGUAGAACCUGUUUCAGUACUAAAGCACUAAAGUGUUUAUUGCACCAACUUGAGAGGAAUCCUUACCCAACAAAAGCUGAAAUGACUGAGUUAGCCAAAGCCUUGACUUAUGAUCGUGAAGUUAUUCGUGUUUGGUUUUGUAAUAGGCGCCAAGCCAUUAAAACCACUGAAAAGCAAACAACAUCUAUUCACCUUUAA